AUGGCGCCCAAGAUCCUCGACUUCAAGUGCGCCCUCAUCACCGGCGGCGCGGGCGGACUAGGCUAUGCCAUGGCCGAGUGGUUCCUACAGCAGGGCAAGCAGGUCAUCCUCGUCGGUCGCACAGAGUCAAAGCUGCAACAGGCAUCCAAGAAGCUAAACGUUCCUUACUACGUCCUCGACACCGGCAACGUCGACGACAUCCCCGCUUUCACCAAGAAGGUCCUCUCCGAGCAUCCCGAGGUCGACUGCCUCGUCAACAACGCGGGAGUCCAGCGGCCACUCGACGUGCAGAACCUCGACCUGACAAAGGCCGACAACGAGAUCAACAUUAACAUCCGCGGACCCGUGCAUCUCGCCACGGCCUUUCUCGACCACCUCAAGAGCAAGCCGGCCGCCGUCAUCAUCAACGUCUCGAGCGUGCUCGGCUUCGUGCCGUACAGCAUCAUCAACCCCAUCUACAACGGCACCAAGGCGUUCCUGCACUUCUGGAGCAUGACGCAGCGCACGCAGCUGCGCGGGACCAACGUGCGCAUCGUCGAGGUGGUGCCGCCGUCGGUGGGCACCGACCUGCACCGCGAGCGCGCCAACCCGGACGACAACAAAAAGCACCUGGGCGCCACCAACUCGCUCACCGUCGAAGAAUUCAUCGACGACUUUGCGCGGGGCAUGCGCGACGACUGCGAUACGAUCUCGGCGGGCAGCGGCAUCGCGCUGACGGAAAAGUGGUACGCCCAGUUCGGGGAGCAAUACGAUGCGGCGGCGGCAAAGUACCAGCGCACCUAG